UACUAUGUUCUCGUCUGUCUCAGGAUGGACUCCUCCCGGUGUUGGGCCCCCGGUCCGCGCCAACGGAGCCCCCUUCAGCCUCCCGGACCAGUCUCUGCCUAUGGACCUGAGCUUCAAGCUGGGCGUCUACCCAAGCACCCCAAGCGAUGUCUCCGUCUAUAGGUACAAGCUGGGCGUCCCUUGUGGCCGUGUGUCAUCCCGGGACCCUCGUCUGUUUCGACGCCCCAUGAGUGAUGUAGCCACCCUGCCGCCCGUGUCUGGAGAGAUGCCGAAGCCUGAACUUGUUCAGGUUUUCUCCGACCUCAUGCAGCAGGUUGCGGCUGCUCCUCUGCCGUCAUCAGACGAGGAAGAAGAGGUUGUCUCCCCUAGAUCGGCUGCUGCCUCAAACUCAGAGCAGGUUGUCUCCCCUUCACGUCAAACUGAGGUAGCUCCAACUGAUACUCAGGACAAGACUGAAGUGAACCCUGCUGCUGUGGCUCUGCCGUCAUCAGACUCAGAGAGCGGCUCAGAAUACAUCUCAGGCUCAGACUCGGAUGAUGACAAAGAAUGCACCUCAUCAUCUUCAGGCAGCACAUGCAGCAGCAGCUCGUGCGCCAAAUGCAAUGGUUCAGACAGCUCAUCCGACAGCGACUCUGACAACUCCUCCUCCAACUCAUCCAGAAGCUCAUCUGACAGCUCAUCCAGCAGCUCAUCUGAGGACGAGGAUUCCAGCAGCAAAGAGGAUGAUGUCUCAGACCACCCCACUGAAGAAGUGGACCAUUCCCCUAGUUUAGGCCAUAAGUCUGGACCAAGUGCUGAGACAUCUCCUUGCUCCUCUGGAUCUCCAGCCUCAUCUGCAUAUGGAUCAAGCUCUGGAUCUAGCUCGGGAUCAGCUGCUAGCCCAAGUUGCAGCUCAGGAUAUGGCUCAGCUACUCCUGGCACCUCCUCGUCUGUCACCCAUGACCCAGACUUCGAGAAGAGACUUACGAUCACUCGAUAUGGUCCUCAGGUUCGAGGUCUCAGGGUUUGGUACAACGAAGAUGAGAGUGAUGACUCCAGCAGCGACUCAGACAAUGAGCCCGUGCUUCCACCGCCCGCUGCUCCCGUCCCCUACACUGGCAAGGGCAAGGGCAAGAGCACCAAGAGGAGAAAGGUUGAUGACCUCGUCGAACCAUUCAGCCGCCUAAGCAUCGGCCCUCCUCGUCCACGUCGUUCCGUUGCCCCUCGUCGCCUCCUCAGGUGUUUCGGCAAGCUCGAUAUCACCGAGCCGCCAACGACCAAGAUGCCAACCAAGAGGAAGGCAUGUUACGAGGAAGACUCGGAGGAGGAACAUCAGUCGAGGAAGAAGAGGCGAGCGGAACAACGUCGUUAUGUCGAGCUCGUCCGAGAGAUCUUCGGGGCCGACAGCGACGACGAGACUCCAGUGGAGACUCCCAGAAAACGUCGCCAUGUUUGCAAGAGACGCAAGGCAGCUUCUGCGUCAGAGACAGCACCUGCCCUGCCCGGGGCAAAGAAAGUCCGGGUGUAA